AUGCAGUGGUCGUGGAUACUUCUUGCUCUCAUAGCUUUCAAUACAUGCCCUCGUACAGAUGGGUUUUCAUUUGGCGAUCUCUCCGAUUACAUCACUGAUUUGUUCCACGAGGAUUCUCAGGAAGAAAAUUAUGAUGACAAUGGAGCAAACAAAAGUCAGCCAUCGACUACAAAUGGACCAGAGAUGGAUGGGCCACAGAUAGCCGCCCCAGAUCAAAUGCCAGGCGAUCUCAGGGGUCCACGUGUCAAAAGAGCCGACUGCAAUUCAUGCGUAGCAAAUCCUCACGGUAGUUGUCUUAAUGGAGGAGGCACCUGCGAUCCGUUCACUUAUCAAGAUCCGAAGAUUCAGUACACAACCGGAGGCCCUUGCAAGGAAGCGACUCUGACCUGUGAGGGUUUCGAAUCUGUGUACCUCGAUGGUUCGACCACCACUGAUCCAACAGGAGGCGAUGGUGGAGUACUGAUGACAAUUCCGAUAUUAAUUUGCUUUUGGUCGUCAGCGUUACAAUUACCUGUGACGCGACUGGCGCCUGGGUUGCAAGUGGCAAUCAAAUCGGAAAUGAAUUUGAUUGUCAAGUAUGGCAACCAGUCAAUACGACGACCACAACGACAACAACAACGACAACGACAACCACCACAACCACAACCACAACAACAACAACGACAACGACAACAACAACCACAACGACAACAACCACAACGACAACCACCACGACAACCACAACAACCACGACAACAACCACCACGACGACUACAACCACCACAACGACAACCACUACCACUACAACCACAACGACAACCACUACCACUACAACGACAACCACUACCACUACAACCACAACGACAACCACUACCACUACAACACAACCACAACGACAACCACAACAACCACCACGACGACUACAACAACUACAACGACAACCACGACUACUACAACGACAACCACGACUACUACAACCACAACGACAACCACAACGACAACCACCACCACCACCACAACCACAACGACCACAACUACAACCACAACCACGCACAACGACAACCACCACCACCACCACAACCACAACGACCACAACUACAACCACAACCACGACAACAACAACCACCACGACAACCACUACCACUACCACGACAACCACAACAACAACGACGACUACUACAACCACCACGACAACCACUACCACUACAACGACAACCACAACAACAACGACGACUACUACAACCACAACGACAACCACUACCACUACAACGACAACCACAACAACAACGACGACUACUACAACCACAACGACAACCACUACCACUACAACGACAACCACAACAACAACCACAACGACUACAACAACUACAACUACGACGACAACCACGACCACCACAACCACAACAACUACUACUACCACGACAACAACCACCACGACGACCACAACUACAACGACAACAACUACUACAACUACCACCACAACGACCACGACAACCACGACCACAACCACCACGACGACCACAACCACAACAACUACUACUACCACGACAACAACCACCACCACGACAACAACCACCACAACAACGACUACCACGACUACCACAACCACAACCACGACAACUACUACAACUACCACGACAACGACCACGACAACAACCACCACGACGACUACAACCACGACGACCACAACCACCACGACAACAACCACCACAACAACGACUACCACGACUACCACAACCACAACCACGACAACUACUACAACUACCACGACAACGACCACGACAACAACCACCACGACGACUACAACCACGACGACCACAACCACCACGACAACCACCACCACAACGACGACCACAACCACCACAACGACAACAACUACAACUACAACGACAACCACGACCACCACAACCACAACGACUACAACAACUACAACGACAACAACCACCACCACGACAACUACUACAUCCACCACGACAACCACUACCACUACAACGACAACCACAACAACAACCACAACGACUACAACAACUACAACUACGACGACAACCACGACCACCACAACCACAACAACUACUACUACCACGACAACAACCACCACGACGACCACAACUACAACGACAACAACUACUACAACUACCACGACAACGACCACGACAACAACCACGACGACGACUACAACCACGACGACCACAACCACCACGACCACAACCACCACGACUACAACCACCACAACGACGACUACCACAACCACAACGACCACAACUACAACGACAACCACGACGACUACAACCACCACGACGACUACAACCACGACUACCACAACUACAACGACAACAACUACUACAACUACCACCACAACAACAACCACGACUACUACAACCACAACGACAACAACUACAACUACAACUACAACGACAACCACGACCACCACAACAACAACGACAACAACAACAACGACAACAACUACUACAACCACGACCACUACGACCACGACAACGACGACAACCACGACAACUACUACAACUACUACGACAACGACAACAACCACCACGACAACCACAACCACAACAACCACAACUACAACGACAACAACUACUACAACUACCACCACAACAACCACCACGACGACUACAACCACCACAACGACGACUACCACAACCACAACGACCACAACUACAACGACAACCACGACGACUACAACCACCACGACGACUACAACCACGACUACCACAACUACAACGACAACAACUACUACAACUACCACCACAACAACAACCACGACUACUACAACCACAACGACAACAACUACAACUACAACCACAACGACAACCACGACCACCACAACAACAACGACAACAACAACGACAACAACUACUACAACCACGACCACUACGACCACGACAACGACGACAACCACGACAACUACUACAACUACUACGACAACGACAACAACCACCACGACGACCACAACCACAACAACCACCACGACGACCACAACCACCACGACAACAACCACCACGACGACCACAACUACCACAACGACAACCACAACAACAACGACGACUACUACAACCACCACCACGACAACAACCACAACGACGACAACAACUACAACUACAACUACAACGACAACCACGACCACCACAACAACAACGACAACAACAACGACAACAACUACUACAACCACGACCACUACGACCACGACAACGACGACAACCACGACAACUACUACAACUACUACGACAACCACAACAACCACCACGACAACAACCACAACCACGACUACCACAACCACGACGACCACAACCACCACGACGACCACAACUACCACAACGACAACCACAACAACAACGACGACUACUACAACCACCACCACGACAACAACCACAACGACUACAACAACUACAACGACUACAACAACUACCACGACAACUACUACAACCACCACGACAACCACUACCACUACAACCACAACCACAACAACAACGACAACAACUACAACCACAACGACAACAACCACAACGACAACAACCACCACCACAACGACGACAACAACUACAACAACAACAACAACUACUACUACCACAACUACAACGACAACGACCACAACGACAACAACUACUACAACUACCACCACAACGACAACGACAACCACGACAACCACCACGACGACUACGACAACUACAACCACGACGACUACAACGACCACAACUACAACGACAACCACGACGACUACAACGACAACCACAACAACCACGACAACCACAACAACCACGACAACAACCACUACGACGACUACAACAACCACAACCACAACCACAACCACUACGACAACCACGACAACAACUACCACUACGACAACCACGACAACAACAACCACCACGACGACAACCACAACAACAACCACCACAACAACCACCACGACGACUACAACCACAACCACCACAACCACAACGACCACCACUACAACCACAACCACGACAACAACAACAACGACAACAACCACCACGACGACUACAACAACCACCACGACGACUACAACAACAACAACGACAACCACUACCACUACAACAACCACCACGACCACCACAACCACAACGACCACAACUACAACGACAACUACGACCACAACCACAACCACAACCACAACAACCACCACCACGACUACAACCACCACAACGACAACCACUACUACUACAACGACAACCACAACAACCACCACAACGACCACAACCACCACAACCACAACCACGACAACCACAACCACGACAACAACAACCACCACGACAACUACUACUACCCACCCACCACCCGACUAAAGACAACCACGACAAAACUACCACUACGACAACCACGACACCACAACCACCACAACCACAGACGACUACAACAACCACAACGACAACCACAACAACAACCACCACAACAACCACCACGACGACUACAACAACUACAACCACAACCACCACAACCACCACAACCACAACGACCACCACUACAACUACAACCACAACUACAACCACGACUACCACGACUACAACGACAACAACUACUACAACUACCACCACAACUACAACGACAACCACGACAACAACCACCACGACGACUACCACCACAACAACGACAACCACGACUACCACAACUACAACGACAACAACAACUACGACUACUACAACAACCACGACUACCACAACCACAACGACAACAACCACAACGACAACAACUACAACGACUACAACAACUACAACGACGACGACAACCACGACCACCACAACAACCACCACGACAACUACAACGACAACAACGACAACAACCACAACAACCACAACCACGACCACAACCACGACAACAACAACCACCACGACAACCACUACCACUACAACGACAACCACAACAACCACCACGACAACUACAACAACUACAACGACAACCACGACUACUACAACCACAACGACAACAACCACAACGACAACAACUACCACGACUACUACAACCACAACGACAACAACCACAACGACAACAACUACAACUACAACGACAACAACUACUACAACAACGACAACAACUACUACAACUACCACCACCACGACAACAACCACCACGACGACUACAACCACAACAACGACAACCACGACUACCACAACUACAACGACAACGACCACAACGACAACAACUACUACAACUACCACCACAACGACAACGACAACCACGACAACCACCACGACGACUACGACAACUACAACCACAACCACUACAACAACGACAACCACGACAACUACCACAACUACUACAACAACGACCACAACAACAACAACUACUACUACCACUACAACAACCACGACGACUACUGUAAAUUCUUUCAAGCUUCGAGUUAUUAGC